UUUAUUGACUUCCGCACUAGAGCACGGUCAAGUUCGACAAUUCCAUCUUCCGAUACUGUGGUUUCCUCAUCCAUAAUAUGCAUCGACAUACCAGGACUUACGCAUACUGAUUGGAGUUUUCCCUCUUUCCGUUCUCCGAGAACGAUUCUUCACUGAGAGAAAGAAGACGUUCUUUAGAGUUCCUUCCUUUUUCUGAAACGUUGUUGUGAGAGCUGGGAAAAGAAAAGUUUUGAAGAUCUCUCUCUCUCUCUUAGUUUGGAAAACUCCAGCUUUGGACUUUUUCGCGUUUUGAAACUACUGUCAAGGUCAUUGAUCGCUUUGUUUGAAAGAUAACAAAGAAAUCAUCUUAAGGAAGUGCAUGAUGAGAAACCUCAGUCUGCUGGUCGCCUGUUUAAUCUUAUCUCUUUCAAUCAGUCUAGCUGAAAGAUUUGAAUCCAUUGAAUACGGAAGAGUUUUGGUACCUUCAGAACAGUUGUAUAAUAACCGUAAAGUGACUUUUGAAAAGCUCACGAACCAGGACUACGCUGGCACAGUAUAUUACACAGUAUGGAACGUAUCCUUAUACGAAUGCUUAGGAUGGUGUAGGGAAGAAUCCGAGUGCGUCGCCGCUGCCUUCAGCUUCGUGGUCAACCCCCUCACACCUAACCAAGAAACAACAUGUCAGCUGCAGAACGAAACUCAGGCGUCCAGGCCUACAGCCUCGCCACAAAGAAGUGUCAAUACCUAUUUCAUGGUGAAACUACAUUUAAGAUCCGAAAGUGUCUGCAGCAGGCUGUGGUCCUUCGAAAGAGUACCCAACCAAAGCCUUCGAGGCCUGGAAAACGCCAUCAUCUUCACUUCGAACAAAGAGGCCUGCCUUUCGGCCUGUUUGUCUGAGGUUCGGUUUGUCUGUCGGUCAGUGGAAUUCAACUAUGUCACCAAGGAAUGUCGACUGAGCGAGUUCGACAGGCGUUCUCCUGGGGUGUACGUCCAUAUGGUGGAAUCGCAAGGAGUGGACUACUUUGAGAAUGCUUGUUUGCAACCUGACAAGGUUUGUCGUGGUCCUAAGAAUUAUGGAUAUGCUCCUGUCAACUUGCCGCAGACAUCUCUCACAUAUUACAUUGAUCUAAAUUAUUACCUCGAUAAGCAAAUUCUGGUGAAUACAAGGCAAGAAUGUCUCCAGCAGUGCUCUCUGGAAAGAGAAUUCGUUUGCAGAUCUGUGCUAUUCCGCGCUGAUCCAAGAACGAAAAAGGCCAUUUGCAAACUUUUCCACCUCGAUCAUAUCAUGUUCCCUGAUGGAGCAGAAACCUUCGCCACCCCUAAUCCCUUCCCUCUUCUGGACACUGGAGAUAGCACUGGAGUGUACUUGGAAGCCAUCUGUGCGAACGAUACCUCAUCGAAGAGAACAAAGCCAUCCAAAGGAAACAUCAACUUGAGCAUGAGCCCCCAGCAACAGCAGCAACCCACCACCAUUCCGUUUUUCCCGGAAACUCAGGAUCCCUCUUGCGAUGUCUACGGCGUGUGCUACGAUGUAUCUAUCCAGUGCACGGACACAAAGAUCAUUGUUUAUGUGAAAACGAACAGGCAUUUCCACGGACGAAUUUAUGCACUGGGAAGGAGCGAGACUUGCCAUGCCAAUGUCCUCAACAGCAACCAGUUUAGAUUGGACCUUUCUCUCAGCGGACAAGACUGCAACACGCAAUCCAUGGGUGGAGUGUAUACGAACACUGUUGUCCUACAGCACCACAACGUGGUAAUGACUAGGACAGACAAAGUUUACAACGUCAGAUGCACUUAUGAAGUUACCUCGAGGAAUAUUUCUUUCGGCAUGAUGCCCAUAAGAGAUCCAGACACAAUGCAAGUGACAGCAUCUCCAGAAGCUCCAUUGCCCAAAAUCGUCAUCUUGGGAAUGGAAGGAAGGGAGGCAUCGACUGUCAGAAUUGGCGACAAACUCACCUUUAGGAUUGAAAUACCAGAAGGAACACCUUAUGGAAUUUUCGCCCGCAGUUGUGUUGCCAUGGCAAAGGAUGCUAGAAGCGUUUUCGAAGUCAUUGACGACCGAGGUUGCCCAGUUGAUCCAAACAUAUUCCCUCGCUUCCGAGAAAUAGGCAGUUCCCUCGAAAGUAGCUAUGAAGCUUUCCGAUUCACAGAAUCUUAUGGCGUGAUAUUCCAGUGCAAUGUCAAAUACUGUAUCGGCAAAUGCGAGGCUGUGAAUUGCGGUCAUGGUAUGGAAAAGACUAGCUCUUGGGGACGAAGAAAGAGGUCACAGCCCAUUGAAAAAGAAGAUAGUGAAAUGACUCUCAGUCACGAAAUAUUAGUUCUGGAUUUUGGAGAUGAGUCCGUCAGUUCCAUGCGAGACGUCAAUUCUGUUAACGAGAGCACCCACUACAAAGAAUCGGUUUUGAUGCUGGAAUCCUGCGCUUCAAAAACUUCGUUGAUGGCACUAAGUGUGACGAGUGCACUUCUUCUUGUAUUUUACAUCUGUACAGUUGCCUAUUUUGUAGCUCAAAGAAGGGUCACCAAAGAAUUCCGAUAGAAGCUUCAUUACAAGAACUGCACAAAGCGUUUUGACUAAAGCAGGGAAAAAGAAAACUUCUUUCCUAUCUACAUUAUCAUGACCAAUCCUUUGAAACGCAAGGCGCAAAAGGAGAAAACCAAAAAAGAAAAAUUCCUAACAUUUUAUAUAUAACAUAUUUAAGUUGAAUAUACAUUUUAAUAACAUAUUUGCGUUGAAUACGGGGUUCAAACACAAAUAUGUUAUUGAAACUUCAUAGCGUUUCUGAUAAUAAAUACUUGUCGGUUCAUAAGUUCAACGUAUUGCCCAUGCACGUUCAAAGGCAUUUGUCAUUAUAUUUAUUAGCUUCAUCAGCUCAUUGUUCAUAUUUAUUUAUAAAAUGUACUGCCUCACGUGAUGUUUAUUUAUGUCUAAUUUAUUUUUAUUUAUUGUGUAACGCUUUUUUGUGGAAGGGUCGGAGUGGAGGUUUUAUACGGUUUCCUAACACGAAACCUGUACAUAGCAGUACUGGAAAGCUUUAAGCGGAUACUUAGUGUGUACAACCUUUUACAUUGUACAUAUAUUUUUUAGAAUAAAAAAUAUUUAUAUAAA